UUAUCAGGGUUCAUCGAUGGCGGAAUGGGGCGGUGCGCUAUCAGCCGCGAGCCGCGAGGUGUAAGAUCCUGCCGCAUUCUAUCGCUUUCUUCCUAGCGAUCGUGUAGCGAGCGAGCGGCCGGCGAAAUUCCGGAGCUUCGAUUUCAUGCCCCAGGUCUUCUUUGGAGGAGAGAGGGCAUUUGGGAGAUCUUUAUGCCGCCAUGCCACCGCCAGUGGAGAAUGCUGAGGCGAAUUCCGGGCGAUUCGUGACGCUGCGGGAAAUUAUGAUCACAAUUGCGGGGCUCCUGUUGGUGGUUCUCACCCUUGUUCUUGGAAGAGCCAGUGCCAUGGUCGUUCUCAUCACUGCCAAGAACGAGACGCUGCCAUUCCCGGAUAUGGAAGCUAGCUUCGCGCCUCGAGUUCCAGCGUCUGGAAUUUCCGGCCUGUUCUACGAAGCGUACCCUCUCAAUGCAUGCGACGCGAUCAUCAAUGGUCCGGGGCUUUUGAUCGGCAGCAUUCCGGUUUUCGCGAUUGUGGAGCGAGGGGGCUGUAAGUUUGACGAGAAGAUCUUGAAUGCCCAGGAUGCUGGAUUCAGUGCUGUGAUCGUCUACAACAACGAAGAGGGUCAUGAUUUGAUCUCAAUGUCUGGAUCAUCAGACGACGUGCACAUUCCAGCCGUUUUCGUUUCAAAGUCCGCUGGCGAGACACUGCUCGAGUAUUCCAAACAGAUUGGAGCUCGCUGCUACAUUCUCCCGGCCAUUGAGAACACGGCCUGGUCAGUCAUGGCCGUGUCGUUCAUCUCACUACUCGCCGUCACUGCGGUGCUCACCACUUUCCUGUUCGUCCGGAGAUACAGACUGCGUCACCUCGGCUCCAGAUUGCUCCUUCUGCGAGACUCUUACGGAAUGAGCGCACGGGAAGUGAAAGCUCUCCCUACAGUCAUAUUUAAAUGCUUGGGCGAUGGCCAGGGGACGUCAGAUACUUGCGCCAUCUGUCUGGAAGAGUAUGAAUCCGGUGAAAAGCUCCGAGUUCUACCUUGCCACCAUGAUUUCCACGCGGCUUGUGUAGAUCAGUGGCUUACGACUCGACGGCCAUUCUGUCCGGUUUGCAAGAGGGAUGCGCACAACAAAAACGAAGAGCCGCCGCCAUCCGAGAGCACACCGCUACUAGCAGCCGCUGCCGUGUCUCCGCCGGCUACUACCCAACCAGCGGCUACUCAGACCUCCCCGGUUGGAUCCCUGCGUGACGAUGGAGCUUGCGACGAUGAGUCCGCUCGGGGUGCUUCCUCACUGAGAGAAACUCCCGUGGGAUCGCCGUCCCCAACCGAGGAGAGCUCCUCGCCAGGUCGGGCUUUUGGAUUUCAUAGUGCUCCAGAUACGUUUUUGCAGAUUGACGAUGAUUCCAGCGCCGCUGCCAACACCGACACGACCACCACCACCGCUUCUUCUUCAGACCACCAUCGCCACAACCACUCGAGGUGCUACAGCGACAUAAACUCGAGCAGUAGUAGCAGCGUGGAGCGCUUGUGCUGAGACUCGAAAAGAAUUUCACUUUGUCUCUUUCUUACGCGUGGUUUUUGUGUAAAUUUCCCUCCUCUCUGGCUUCAAACUUUCGGACUGGCAGAGUAAUGUAAUCUAAUAAAAUGUAACCAUCUGCCUUUGGAAAA